AUGAAUGUUACUCAGCCUACACAACAAGCUACUCAAGCUACACAAAGAUUUCUGGUAGAAAAGUUCUCUCAGGAACAGAUAAAUGAAAAUAUUGUCUGUAGAAUAGUGUGUACUAAUGGUACAAUUCCAAUUAAAGAUCUUACCAUUGAAAUCCAAGAUGUUCUGAAGAUAAAGACACCAAUUAAAAAAGUUUGGACAUUUGGUAGAGGAAGCCCACCUGCAAUAGAUUACCAAUUUGAAAAUCAUAGUCGAUAUUCUAAUAAACAUUUUCAAAUAAUGUUAGGAGAAGAUUGCAAUUUAUUAUUAAGAGAUAUAUCGACUAAUGGUACAAUAUUAAAUGGUGAACGAAUCCCAAAAAAAACAAAUCAAUUAUUAUCUCAAGGUGAUGAAAUUACUGUUGGAGCAGGUGUAGCAAGUGAUGUCUUGACGUUAAUGGUAUUUAUUAGUGAUAGAUUUAAACAGGCUUAUGAAAGAGCUAGAUUAGAUGAAAUAACAGCAGGAUCUAAGUUAUCUCCUGGGAAUAAUACUUCAAAUAGUAAUAACAGCAAUGGGAUUGCAGAUAAUAAAUACAUGAGUCCCAUUUAUAAAGAUUUUUCUAUUGAGGAUAGGGUAGUUGGUCAAGGUGCAUUUGCCACAGUAAAAAGAGCAGCAGAAAGAAAGACAGGUAAAACUUAUGCUGUUAAAAUUAUUAAUAAAAGGAAAGUAAUGGGUAAUAUUGAUGGUGUCACUCGAGAGUUAGAAGUAUUAGAGAAAUUGGAACAUCCAAGGAUUGUUAGAUUAAAAGCAUUUUAUGAAGAUGAUUUGAAUUAUUAUAUGGUGAUGGAAUUUGUAUCUGGUGGUGACCUUAUGGAUUUCGUCGUGGCUCAUGGUGUAGUCGGAGAAGAUGCAGGUAGAGAAAUCACAAGACAAAUUUUGGAAGCUGUAGAAUAUAUACAUUCUAUGGGGAUUUCUCAUAGAGAUUUAAAACCUGAUAAUAUAUUGAUAGAACAAGAUGAUCCUGUUUUGAUAAAGAUAACAGAUUUUGGUCUCGCUAAAGUUCAAGCAACAGAAUCGGGAUUGAAAACAUUUUGUGGGACAUUGGCCUACGUGGCACCAGAGGUUUUAAAUAACAGGUCAGGUACAACCACUAGUAACAAUAGCAAUACAAAUGGCGGUGGUAAUAGUGAUGAACAUUAUAAUGAAUAUUCGAAUAUGGUAGAUAUGUGGUCAUUGGGUUGUCUUGUAUAUGUGAUUCUAACCAGCCAUUUGCCCUUUAGUGGCAAUUCAGAAGCUGAUCUGUUUGAAAAGAUCAUUCAUGGUUCAUAUCAUGAUGCUCCUUUGAGAGAUUAUAGAGUCUCUGAGGAAGCCAAAGAUUUCAUUGAUUCGCUAUUACAAGUGGAUGUUACAAAACGUUUAACUGCAAAGAAAGCAUUACAACAUCCAUGGAUUAGAAUGGGCUUAAUGAAUAUAGUACCUAAUAUUGAUACUGAAUUAGGUAGUCAAAUUUCACAAGUAUCAUUAUCUGAAUCGAUGUCACAACAGAGAGAAUUGGAAAAUUUAGGUGAUGCUCAAUAUGAAUUAGUAAAGAAUUUAAGACGUGACCUGAUGCUUAAAUUAGAAGAAGAAGCGAGUCAAAAUACAAAACCCUUGGGAUUUAAAGUACCUAAUAUUCAACCAAUGAGAUAUACCCAACCUGGUACACAACCACAAAUAGCAUCACAACAAUCGCAUAAACCAAAAGUUCAACCUUCAAACAAGAAUAAAAUCAAAAAAAGCAAUAAUAGUGGUCUAUUUAUGACUUUAACACCAUUAACUAAUAGUUCUAUUACAGAUAAUAUUAUAAUGAGACAAGGUGUUAAUCCAUAUUUUAUUGGAAGAUCACUUGAUUGUAAUACAACCAUUGAUGAAAAUAGAUUAUCUCGUAUCAAUUGUUUUUUCAUUAAGAACAGACAUGUUGUUGGUGAUAGCUUUUAUGAAGCACCUGCAUUAGGUCUACAAGAUUUAUGGUACUGUCAUACUGGUACAAAUCCUUCAUUUGUAAAUGGUAUCAAGAUAGAGAAAGGUUACAAAAUAUUAGUCAGGGAUCAUGAUAUCAUUAAAAUUGUAGAGGAUACAAAUGAUAAUAUCAUGAUUGGUUUCCAAGUAAACCUUGAAGAUACCACUGGCAUAUUUAUAGAAGAUCGUUCUCAAGAUAAAAGAAAUCUUGUAGAACAAACUCCGGAAGAAAAAUUACUUCCCCAGAGAUUAACUAAAUUUAUGGCUAUGCGUAAAGCAGAAGCCAUUGCAAAAAGAAAAGCAAAUGAUAAACAAAAAAAUAUGGAUGAGUUAAAUUCAUCACCAGCUGGACUUAUUGAUUCUAAUAACCUUCCUAACGAUAAUAAUAGUAAUAAGGAACAGACCGACAGAAAUGAACAUAAUACAAAGAGAUCUCAUGAUUUCGCAUCAAAGAACGAGCAAAUCAAGAAGGCCAAACGUGCUGUUUUAAAUCAAGAGACCCUAGAGAAACAUAAUAACCAAUUUAUGUAG